AUGAGGAUGGGCAAGCUGGAGGAUGUACUGAGGAGGACUGCGGAGCUGGUGGUGAGCUGCAGUGAGAAGAGCUACCUCUACAUGGUGGCCAUCCUUUCCAUGGUGGCCAUUGGGUGGGACGUUGCAUAUCAGUUUCGGCAAUUGUUGGUGGCCAUCGGGUGGGACCACUUGAAAGAGGCAUUGAAGGCGAUUAAGGCAGAUAACAGGGCGUACUCACUCGAUGAUGAAGAGUUAAUGGUGCAGAUGGCAAUCCUCAAGCCCGAUAGGACUGGAGAGGACGCCAAUGCUAUGGAGAAUGCGCUCUCCCGGGCUUACCUAGUACUGAGCCUUAGAGAUGCUCUGGAGGCAGAAAGAUCCAAGCUACAGAUUGAGCAUUCAAGGUCAGAGGAUGCAGGGCGCUGCCGCCUUAUCGAGCACCUGAUUGGAGUCAUCGAUAGUGCAACCAAUGAUCGACAGAGCAAGAAGGUCAAGAAGCUCUUUGGUGAAUGA